AGGAGGAGGAGGAGAGAGAAAAAAAGUGAAGCUGGGAGGAGAAGCGGAAGGUGGGGAUUGAUGCUUCUUUCUCUGUUGCGGCUGCCCUUGUGUUGGAAAGCGAGCAGAAGGGAAGGCGGUGGAGAGAUGAUUGCAGAGUUGGUGAGCAGCGCCCUGGGGCUCGUCUUGUAUCUCAACACCCUGAGUGCGGAUUUCUGCUACGAUGACAGCCGAGCUAUCAAGACUAAUCAGGAUCUUCUCCCAGAAACGCCAUGGACCCACAUAUUCUACAAUGAUUUUUGGGGGACUCUUCUUACCCAUAGUGGCAGCCACAAGUCCUAUAGGCCACUCUGUACCCUUUCUUUCCGUUUUAAUCACGCCAUUGGAGGCUUGAACCCUUGGAGCUACCAUCUCGUCAAUGUUCUGCUGCACGCAGCAGUCACCGGGCUCUUCACCAGCUUCUCCAAGAUCCUCCUUGGCGAUGGACACUGGACCUUUAUUGCUGGCCUCAUGUUCGCCUCCCACCCGAUUCACACCGAAGCAGUGGCCGGCAUCGUGGGGAGGGCUGACGUGGGAGCCAGCUUCUUCUUCCUGCUCUCCCUGCUGUGUUACGUGAAGCACUGUUCCACGAGAGGCUCCACGUCGAGCUCCUGGGGCUGGUUCCUGGGGACAGGACUCUGCGCGGGCUGCAGCAUGUUGUGGAAGGAGCAAGGUGUGACUGUGCUGGCCGUGUCAGCGGUUUACGAUGUCUUUGUCUUUCACAGACUGAAAAUGGAUCAGAUCAUACCUUCUAUUUACAAAAGGAAGAAUGUGCCUCUUUUCCUCAGUGUUGGCUUACUAACUUUUUGGGGGACCUCACUUCUGGGGGCCCGACUCUACUGGAUGGGGAACAAGCCACCAAGCUUCUCCAACUCGGAUAAUCCUGCAGCUGAUUCAGACAGUGUGGUGGCACGCACUCUGACCUUCCUCUACCUGCCAACCAAGAACCUCUGGCUGUUGUUAUGCCCAGAUACCCUCAGCUUCGACUGGUCCAUGGAUGCAGUGCCACUGAUAAAAACCAUCUGUGACUGGAGAAACCUCCACACUGUGGCCUUCUACACAGGACUCUUUCUCCUUGCCUACUUCAGCCUGAGGAACCCAAGCACCAAGAGAGAGUGCAAUGGAAAAGCUAUCCCCAAUGGCAAGCAGAAUGUGAAUGGGCACAGCUGCCACCCAGACGCAGAGUACCAAGACUCCGAGCCUAAGCCCAGCUUUUCAGAAAAAGUAGAAAAUGGCAUUAAAAACCAUGUCCCCCAGCAGCCAUCACUUCCUUCCACAGAGAACAUCGUUGUCCUGUCGCUGUCUUUGUUAAUAGUUCCCUUCGUCCCUGCCACAAAUCUGUUUUUUUACGUUGGCUUUGUAAUCGCAGAGCGUGUGCUGUAUAUUCCUAGUAUGGGCUUCUGCCUUUUAAUCACAGUAGGGGCUCGAGCCCUUUAUGUCAAAGCCCAAAAACGUUUUCUCAAGAAUUUAAUUUUUUAUGCCACAGGUGCACUAAUUGUUUUUUAUGGGCUCAAGACUGCCAUCAGGAAUGGGGACUGGCAGAAUGAAGAGAUGCUAUAUAGGUCAGGAAUAAAAGUCAACCCAGCAAAAGCAUGGGGUAACCUCGGAAAUGUCCUCAAGAGCCAGAGCAAGAUUUCUGAAGCUGAGAACGCCUAUAGAAAUGCUUUGUACUACCGUAGCAACAUGGCGGAUAUGCUCUAUAAUCUGUUACAUUCACAGUUUGUUCUUCAAACGUUAAUUCUGUUGUUCUCCUGGUUAGAUGAGGGACACUAUGAGGAAGCACUCACUGUAUAUAAGGAAGCCAUUCAGAAAAUGCCCAGGCAAUUUGCUCCACAGAGCUUGUAUAACAUGAUGGGUGAAGCCUACCUGAGGCUAAGCAAACUUCCAGAGGCAGAACAUUGGUAUGUGGAAUCCUUGAGAUCUAAGACUGACCAUAUCCCUGCUCAUCUUACCUACGGGAAACUCUUGGCUUUGACAGGACGUAAAAGUGAGGCUGAGAAAUUCUUCUUGAAGGCUAUUCAGCUGGAUCCCACCAGAGGAAACUGUUACAUGCAUUAUGGCCAGUUCCUUCUAGAAGAAGCUCGAGUGAUGGAGGCAGCUGAGAUGGCCCAGAAAGCGGCAGAGCUGGAUAGUGAUGAGUUUGAUGUCGUUUUCAAUGCAGCACACAUGCUCAGCCUUUAUCGAAACCUUUCCACGAAGACAGCAUUCCCGUACUGCUUGCUGUGCCUCCUUUCCAGAGAUGGAUUUGUAAUUAGGGAGAUUACCUUUAAAAGGUUGGUGGUAAAGGGGCACUGCGCCUUGGUCCACCUCGAUGCCUACAACACCACCCUUGGCCUUUAUGACUUUGGGAAAGGGACGACCAUCAUCAGCUUUCUGGGAGAGCGUCUCCUGGAAAAGGAUGACACCUCCAAUGCGGCUGUUCACUGGAUCAGCUGCUGUCAGAAGGAAUCGUCUCUAAAGGCUGCGAUUUUCUUCCGCUUUCUCAGUCUGCCGCCGCUUUGCAAUGCUGCCUGUGGACUCAUCUGCGGCCAGGAUUCCCUCAUGGCGAUUCUCUUGAGUUCUUAUCCGGCUGCCCUGAUGAAUCUUGGAGCCAUCCUCCACCUCAAUGGCAGACUUCUCAAAGCAGAAGCCAACUACCUGCAGGCCCUUCAGCUGAAACCGGAUGAUGUCAUCACCCAGUCCAAUCUCCGCAAACUGUGGAACAUCAUGGAAAAACAAGGAUUAAAGACUUCUAAGACAUGA